AUGCUUCAGCUUCUAUCUGAUGUGGAUGGCACAUCUGCUCAACUUAUGUCCGCUGUUGUGUUUGGUGCUUUCGCCAAACUGGUCGGGAUGGCCAUGGUGCGUCGUAGUCAUAAAAGCCGAUUCCAACAGGUGGGUACUGUUGCCCAUCUGUACAUCUAUCCAGUCAAAUCAUGUGGAGUUCUGGAGACACCUGAUGCAGAGUGUACUGCUGUUGGUUUGCAAUCAGAUGGGCUAACAGACAGACACUGGAUGGUUCUAGAUGAGCACGACAGGGUUAUCAGCAUGGACACAGAGCCUACCCUGACCCUGAUCAAACCUUUCAGCUUCAAUGGGAACAUCAGACUGCAAGCACCAGGCAUGCCCAGUCUGGAUCUCCCACAGAAGCUGGAUGUGAAUCAUUCUGUUAUAUUUUACAAAAAAUAUUACGAGCAAACAAUUCCGGUUGCUCACUGUGGACAGGAGGCCGAGAAUUGGAUUACUAAAUUUCUGAAAAAGCCAGCGAAACUGGUGUUUUCGUGUCCUGAGCUUGGCUUGCGAGAUGUGUACAGCCGCUUGAGACAAUGGGACAAUACGUCUAGACAAGGCGAUGUGAGUGUGUUUGCUUACCUGACAUCCUACAUGGUGAUAACGACAGAGUCUCUGCGUCAUAUAAACUCCCAGCUGGCAACUCCAGUGUCGCCAGUCAACUUCAGGCCAAACAUUGUUGUUGAGAAUAGCAUACCUUUUGAUGAGGAUUGCUGGAAAGAAAUGAGAAUUGGAGAUCAGUCACUAUUCCAUUCUGUUGAACCAUGCAGAAGAUGUGUUGUUACAACCGUUGAUCCAAACACCGGCGAAUACAACAAAGAAAAACAGCCGUUAGCACUGCUGAAAUCUUUCCGCUGCCGGUCACCUUAUGGAACUGCACCGAUAUUUGGAUUGUACGUUUCCAAUGACAUUCCUGGACAUAUCAAAGUCGGUGAUUCUGUUUAUGUAAUGAAAGAUUAG